AACAAAGUCAAGAUGUCAACAUCAAAAAUUGAGUUGAAAGAAUUCAAGAUGGUGGAUUUGAAUUACUAACUUGUCAGAAAGAUGCUAAAUGCCAAGUAUUAGCUAAUUUGGCAAAUUUUGCAUACGACCCAAUCAAUUAUCAAUAUAUCAGAGACGUUGGAGUCUUGGACAUUUUUCUACAUGUCAUUAAGAAUGAAAGCAGUCUCCAAUUGCUUCAUUUUGCUGUAGCAGGGAUCUGCAAUUUAUGCUGUGAUCCACUGAAUGCUGAAUAUAUCAUAACACAUUCUGGACUGAAGCCACUUACUGCAUUACUCAGCUUGAAUCAUAAUGAUAUCAUUGCUGACACAAUCACAACCUUGAUGUAUCUUCAUAAUAACCAAACAGAAUCUGAAAUAACAACAUCGGAGGUGAUACAGCAGAUACAAGAUUUACAAAAAUCAAAUGACAAAAGAUUAGUUAACCUAGCCACUAUAUACUUACAAGAUGUAUGCAAAGCAAAUGAAAACUUAUAAAUAAAAGUGAUUUUACCAAAUAUGAACAAGAUGUUGUCAAACAGAUUUCCCUACAUUGUUGUGAAUAACAAGAACUAUCAGAAGAUAUGCAAAAUACAUACAACUUCAUUUAGUAAUACAGCUUUCAAAGCUGGUGAUAAGAUUCGCAUACAAAAAACUUUGACCCAAAAAGAUUUGGAUGCAUUCUCCAACCUUACCAGUGAUCAUAAUUAUUUGCAUCAGAAUAAUGGCAACAAGAGGCCCAUAGUGCAUGGAGCACUUCUCAAUGGCUUAGUGGCGGGGUUGAUAGGCACACACUUGCCUGGCCCGGGCACAGUGCUUGUAUCGCAAACUAUGAAGUUUCCUAAUAAGUGCUUUGUUGGUGAGAAGUUGACUAUAAGUGUAGAACUUGUUGAUGUGAGGAAGAUUCUCAAAGUAAAAUUUUAUUGCAUCGUCGAAGAAGAAAAGAAGGUUGUGUUUGAAGGUGAGGCUAAACUCAUGUUAGCCAAAGACUGUUAGAUAUAUAAGAUAAAGUGUAAUAUUAACUUAUUUCAUAGACUUAAGAUUUAACAAUAAGAAAAAAUUAAAUGCCACAAGGCAUUAUUGAAAUU